CCACUCCCUGGUCUAAUGAAUAAAAAGAAAAAGAAAGGCAUCCGGUUUCUGUCCGGUGCUAAUUUGACACAAACAGUGCAGCCCUUCACAUGAAACCCUAGGAACAAGAUACAGAGAAAAUGGGUGAAAUUAGAACCCAUAGAGACGACCCCGAAGAGAACAGCAACCAUAUCCAUCUUCCGAAGAAACCUAAACUAUCAUCAUUCAUUACUCAAUCCCAAAUUCAACAAGAAUUCGCCCAUCACCAGCAUGGCGUUGCCCGUCUAAACAACGGCAGCUUCGGCAGCUGCCCAGGUUCCAUCAUCGCAGCCCAGAAACGGUGGCAGCUCAAGUUUCUUCAACAACCCGACGAUUUCUUCUUCAACCAACUACCUACCCAAAUCCUCCGUUCCCGAACCCUAAUCAAGGACAUUAUCAACGCCGAUGACGUCUCUGAAGUAUCAAUCGUUGACAAUGCCACCACCGCCGCAGCGAUUGUUCUCCAGCAGGUUGGAUGGGCAUUCGCGGAAGGCCGUUUCCACAAAGGAGACGCUGUCGUCAUGCUUCACUGUGCUUUCCAAGCCGUGAAGAAAUCCAUCGAGGCUUAUGUGACCCGUGCAGGUGGCUCCGUUAUCGUGGUACAUCUUCCUUUCCCUAUCAAGUCCAACGAAGAAAUAAUCUCCGAAUUUAGAAAGGGUUUGGCAAGGGGCAAGGCCAACGGUAGGAAAGUUAGGUUAGCCAUAAUUGAUCACAUAACCUCCAUGCCCUCUCUCAUAAUUCCAGUUCGUGAGUUGGUAAAGAUUUGCAGGGAAGAAGGAGUGAGCCAGGUGUUUGUGGAUGCUGCCCACGCGGUUGGUAGUGUCUCGGUUGAUGUGAAGGAUAUAGGGGCUGAUUUCUACGUCAGUAACUUACACAAGUGGUUUUUCUGCCCACCAUCCGUGGCUCUUCUUUACUGCCGGAAAUCUUCUUUAUCCUCCUCGGAGCUGCACCACCCUGUGGUGUCGCAUGAAUAUGGAAAUGGACUCGCCAUAGAGAGUGCCUGGAUAGGUACACGGGAUUACAGCUCUCAGCUGCUUGUCCCGGAGGUUAUAGAUUUCAUCAACAGGUUUGAAGGGGGGAUGGAUGGAAUUAGGGAUAGGAAUCAUGAAGCUGUUGUUGAAAUGGCAGAGAUGCUGGCUAAGGCUUGGGGGACCAGCCUGGGGUCGCCUCCUGAAAUGUGUCCUAGCAUGGCCAUGGUCGGCCUGCCUUCUUCAUUGGGGGUUUUAAGCGAUGGUGAUGCUUCUAGGUUAAGAAAUCAUCUGAGAGACCAAUUUAAGGUGGAAGUUCCUAUACACUACCAGCCAUUGAAAGACACAGCAGCAGCAGAGGAGGUCGAGGGUGGUAGUGCUGAUUUUAUCACCGGCUAUGCUAGGAUUUCUCAUCAGGUUUACAACACCAUUGAUGACUAUCUCAAAUUCAGGGACGCUAUCAACCAGCUUUUGCAUGAUAGUUUUAAUUGCAAGAUGCUUCCUUAUCCUUCUUAGAGAGAAUAAAGUUGGAAGGGAAGUUUGACAUGACAUACUUAUGAUGAUGGGUGGGAGGUUGAUAUCUGGAAAAAGGGACGUGAAGUUCAGUUUCAGUUGUUUGUAUUUUUAGAAAGACAGAGGAGGUCUACACUGGUUUUGUCACUUUCUUUUGGUACGUGAACAAUAUGACACAGCUUUUAGGUUUAAAGUGAGUAGCUAGCGUGUAGGAAAAAGGGAAUUCUAUUUUUAUGAUGCUGGUUGGCUCGUAAGUCAUAAGAAUAAGGAGGAUGUGAUUCUGAUUGUGAUUGUGAUUGUGAAGAGGUUAUUAUGACUCUCAA